AUGUUCCCAGGUGGUCCAAAUCCUAUCCAGCAAAUGUUUCCGCCAAUGUCAGCACCAAGACCUCCUAAAGUUUACGAGCCAAAAUACUUUGAAGGUUUAUUAAAAUCUUUAGUUGCAAUUCUAGUUGGAGCCAUUUCACUGAUAUUAAAUGUUCCAAUCAAGGAAGCUUCAUUAACAUGGCUUUCAAUUCAUGUUGGCAUAUCAUUUUUACUUCAUCUUACAGGUUUAUCUGCUAAAUUCGAUUUUGCAGAAGAAUGUUCAGUUCUAUUUUCCCAUUUUGUUGCCAUGGUGUUAGUAUAUAUUAUUACUUACAACGUAAUCCUCGCACUUAAUUAA